AUGUCGGCCAAGACCACCUCUCAUCUCGACACGACCAAAAGAAGAAGCAACGCGCAUGGUCUUGUGCAACACCGCGCCAGACCCCGACGUUAUAGCGAAGGGUCCACUUUGGUUCUGGUCGAGAUAGCAAAAAAAAGCCUGGUUGCGGACCGGGGCGCACAACCACCACCAGAGAGCCGUGGGCCGUUGCGCCUUGCUCAUUCGUCAUACAAACAUCGCCCACGUCUGCCCCACGCCGCGUGCCGACUUGCUUUUGUUGUCCUCGACGCCCUCAUGUCGGGACCAUCAUGA